AUUUGAUUAUUAAUAAAGAGAGACAAAGAUAUUGUUGUUUUAAAUAUUAAAAUGGAAACGUCAAUCAUUGCAGUCAAUGUAAUGAAUAUUGCCAACUGUGUCUUAGAAUUGGUGUCAAAUUCUUUACAAGUCAAUGCUACAUCAAUUGCAAUACGAUUUCACAGUGAAGAACGUAAAAUUCAAGUAAUAGAUAAUGGUAUAGGAAUAUCGAAAGUAGAAUUAAAAACAAUUGCAGAAUAUAAUAAUAAAAAUUAUUGCAAUUAUCCAAUUAGAUAUGCUAUUCAUAAUUGGAGAAAGCAGACACUUACUAACAUUCGUAGAUUAUCUAAUAUAAUGAUGAUAUCUUCUAGAUAUUAUAAUUCAUCUAAAACAUAUAUGAAGAUUUUUAAAAUAAAUCACGAAUCAAAGAUUGAAAGAAUUGAAAGAAGACCUUCUCAGGGUACCACAAUAACUAUUUAUGGAUUUCAUGAAUUAUCUCUAAGCAAAUGGAAUAUAGCUUUUAUGUAUUAUUUAAUUGGAAACAUUGCUAUAGCCAAUCCUCAAACUUCAUUCACUAUUAGAGAUGAUAAAAUUAAAAAAGUUACCAUGAUAAUUACUAAGCCACAUAAUCCAAUAAAUAUUUUUAAAUUGUUAUAUAAUAAAAAAAUGAUAUUUUAUAAAAUAUGGUUUAUAAGAUCUAAACAAAAAUCUGAUAUCAAAUUCUGUGCAUAUAUUGGAAUAUCACAUUCUAAUUUCACUGUCCCUCAGCAUAUUUUUAUAAAUAAUAAACUUGUUGAUUGUCCUUUAAUUUUGCAAAUAAUUUCCACUAUUUUUAUCAAUACACUAAAAUUCUUUAAAAAACAAAUAGCAGAGAAAGAGACAAUUUUUAUUCUAUUAUUCAUUACAUGUACUGAAUAUAUUUUUAUUAUAGAGAAUGGAAAAAGAACUUUAAUGUUUUCUAAUAUAUAUAAUUUAUUACAAAGUAUUAAAAACAAGAUAAUAAAUAUUUUUAUAAAAGAUAUUAAACCUUUGUCUAAUGAUUCAAAAUGUAGCAAUAGAGCUAAUAAACAAAAAUCUAAAAAUAAUGAAAUACAGCUAAUUACAGAUCAUUUAAUGCAAUUACAUACAUCUAUUUUACAAAAUACAAAAAGCAUUCAAUUAACACUUUCUGAGUGGUCUAACUGGUCUGACUCUAAAAAUUUGAAACAAUGUGAAAAUAAUUCUUUAAAAUUUUAUAAGCAUUUUGAUUUUUUACCAGAAAAAUUACAUAAACUAUUGCGUGGAAAUACAAAAUUAAUACAAACUAAUAUUUUAAAUGCAUAUGAUGAAAAUUUAUACUUGAUUAAAGUAAAAUCUGGAUUGCAAAUUCCAGAUAUAUUACCUCAUCAAGAAAUUGAUGUGCGUCUAUGUAAAAAUGACCGAUUUUGUGAAUUUAAAAUAAAUAAAAAAUUGUUAAAAUUUAUUAAAAUAUUAGGACAGUUGAACAAUGAACUAAUAGUAGGAUUAAUAAUUCAAAAUAAUAUAAAGAUGCUUUUAUUAAUGGAUCAACAUGCAAUUCAUGAAAGGAUAAGAUAUGAACAAUUACUUCAUGAAUACAAAUUACAAAUAAGAAAUCAAUUAUUUUCUAUCAAAUUGAAAAAUCCUAUAGUUAUACAACUAUCUGCAAAGAGUUGCAAUUUACUUUUAUCUAAUCAUAAAAUACUAAAAAGAUUUGGUAUAACUUUUAAUAUAUUAGAUAACAAUAACAUAAUAAUACGAGCAGUGCCAGAAUGUUUAAAAAAAAACAAUUAUAGCGAAUUGAAAUUAAAGUUAAAUAUACAAAAUCUUUUAAACGAAUUAAUACAAAAUUCUACAAAAUAUAUAAACUAUCAAAUUAAUGAUUUACCAAUUACUAUACAUAAUGCAAUUGUAAUGAAAGCUUGCCAUGGUAUGCUCUUUUUUCUUUUAUAUUUAUAUAUAUUUUUAAUUUCAAAUUUGUUAAACAAUUUAACAAACAUCAGAUAUAAAGUAUAAAUAGAAAAAUUAAUAGAAUAUAUAUUUUUCAUUCAUACAUAUUAUUUAAUAUCAACAAAUAUAUUAUCAUUAUCAUUUAUGCUGAAUAUUUUAGGAGCUAUAAAAUUUGGACAUUCAUUAACAUUAAAAGAAUGUAAAUGGCUUUUGAAAUUAUUAAAUGAAACGAAAAUUCCUACUCAAUGUGCUCACGGACGGCCAUCCAUAGUGCCUUUAUUAGAAUUAACGAAUUUAGAAA